GUUGCGCGGAGACUGUCCGGCUCUCCGAACCGCGCCUCGCCGUGUCCCCAAGGCUUGGGCAGUGUGGGCCAGCUUGCGUGGAGGAGGCUGCGGCGGUGCACACGCGACAAAGCCCCCGGAGUUGCUAGUAGACGAGGAGGUCUGCUCUCGGAGGGAAUCCAACUUGCAGACAGAUGCCUAAAGUGGUAGCAUGGAGGACUGGAAGAAGCUUUGGUGCUAACUGAAAAUCAGAGUCAUUGUAAACAGGAUGCAGCACAUCCCUCAGUAUGAAAGAACAGCUUUUCCCUGCUCCAGAUUCAUUAGUCACAUGAAGAGGUACUCUGCAUCACGUAAUUUCCUGCCUUUUCCAGAGAGAGCAUCCUCGUGCCUGAGGCUUUACAAUAAGCUGUCCUACCAGAGGCGACAACUUGGUCCUAUGGUGAAACCUUUCACAGCCAUUGGCCUCUGCAGGAGCACUAGCCAGAAAGCCUCUGCCCAGAAGAGCACCUGUAGAACUUCCUCAGAACCUAAGGUGGAGGAGACAGUGGCAGCCACAGAAGGCUCUCUGUGUCUCCAGUGUGACAAAGAAUUUGUGCCGCACAAUGAGGAUGGGGCACACUGCGUGCCAGCACACCGUGUGCCACUUUACAAAGUGCCUGCCGGGACCAGGAAGGCCCAGUUCUUUGUUUCCCUUUUGCAGGUAAAAGGUUUCACUCGCCAACCUCGUCUCUGGCCUAAGGAUAUUUUCUAA